ACGUCAUCAAGACGCGCCGCUAACACGCCACACGGAAAACCCUCCACGACCUUUCGCGUUGGGUUUGAUUCCUCUCAAAAUGUUUAUAUGAAACGAUUUGACGGGACUUUUCUGCGUGUGUGAGUGAUCGUGGAAGGAAACAGAGUCAAAGAUGCUUCGUUGUUCGCUUUUAAUUUGUGGCAGAGGAGUCGCUGCGAGGUUUGCCUCGUCCUUCUCUGGUGACAGCGCUCUGCCUCCAAACAUACUGCUGCCCACCAACCUCGUGGAUCCCGCCAGAUUAAAGCGUCCUCCUCCUCCUGCAGACUGCUCCCUGCCUCUGCUGAGGAAGUGCGACGCCGUCGUCCCGGCUCACCUCAGCCCCGUGCAGACGUGGGUGGAGACCCUGGAGGCGGUGGACGCCGAGCCGUUGGGUCUGACUCAGCUCCACCCCGACGUCUUUGCAGUGCCUCCGAGGCUCGACAUUCUACACAGCGUUGAAAUAUGGCAGAGAAAUUACAAAAGGAUUAGUCACGCCAACACGAAGGUGAGGUCGGAGGUCAGAGGCGGAGGCAAGAAACCGUGGCAACAGAAAGGAAGCGGAAGAGCUCGCCACGGAAGCAUCCGCUCACCGAUAUGGAGAGGAGGGGGCGUGGCUCAUGGACCCAGGGGGCCGAACAGCUACUACUACAUGCUGCCCAUGAAAACUAGAGUUCUGGGACUGAAAGUGUCUCUGAGCUCCAAGAUGGCUCAGGAUUAUCUUCACGUCGUGGACUCCCUCAACAUCCCCACUCCAGACUCCCGCUACCUGCUGGACCUCAUCAAACACAGACACUGGGGGGAGUCGGUGUUAAUAGUCGACGUAGGCGAAGAGUUUUCUGAAAACAUCCUUCAGGCCACAGCGGACCUGAAGACAGUGAACAUCAUUCCAGCCAUCGGUCUGAACGUCCACAGCAUGCUGAAACACGAAACGGUCGUCCUCACCCUGGAGACCGUCCGGUUCCUGGAGGAGAAGCUGCUCUGGCACGACCAGCGCUUCACGCCCCUGUACCCAUUUAAGCUCCCGUACUCAGACUUCCCCUAGCAGAGACCACCCGUACAACGCUCACUCAAGUGUUUUUCUUUGUGUUUAUUAUGUAAAAAAAACAACAAGAAGUCAUAAAUAAAUAAGGAUUUAAAAAAAAAA